AUGUGGUGGCUAAAUCCAAGGAAUGACAAAGCGACUUGGGCCCGCCCGGGGACGGACUGCCCCGAAGAAUUUGGUAGGCCAGACCUGCCCCGUUUGUAUAACAGGCCGGGCUGGGUCCGUCCUACAAUCCAACUAAACCCAUCGUCCCCCGCCCGCGCGUCCACCAUCUCCAUCAUUGACUGUCAAAAAUCGAUCUCGGAGCCGGCGGCUAUGAAGAGCUUGGUUGAGCCACGGAGGUUCUGCAACAGCAGGAAAUCGAUGAUCCACACAGCUCGAACAGAAACGCCGCCUCUGAGGAGAAUCAUAAUAUUCCCCAGUUCUCGAACAAAAACGGUCGAAGUCAGAUAA